AUGCCGAAGAGAAGAGAUAUUCUUGCCAUCGUGUUGAUUGUGUUACCCUGGACUCUGCUCAUCACUGUUUGGCACCAAAGCGCUCUAGCUCCACUCCUCGCUAUUCGCAAGGCCUGUCACCACCUAGUAAAAGAGAUCUUUAUCAUUCCAGAGAGGUUCGCAGUCCACCACCACCGACUCUCAGAUGAAGGUGGCGAGGGCAAGAGGGAGGCAGGAGGUCAGGACUCCAAAGAAUACUGUGCCUCUGAUAAGGACAUUGUGGAAGUGGUGAGGACGGAGUAUGUGUACACACGGCCCCCGCCCUGGUCCGAUGUUUUGCCCACCAUCCAUAUCAUCACUCCCACCUACAGCCGACCCGUGCAGAAGGCAGAGCUGACAAGGCUGGCAAACACUUUCCUCCAUGUUCCCAACCUGCACUGGAUCCUGGUAGAGGACUCACAAAGGAGGACGCCACUCGUUACUCGACUCCUCCGAGAGACGGGACUGAACUACACCCACCUCAAUGUGGAGACGCCCAGGAACUACAAGCUGCGAGGUGACACUCGUGACCCCAGAAUCCCCAGAGGGACCAUGCAGAGGAAUCUGGCCCUGCGGUGGCUAAGGGAGACCUUCAACCCCAACAGCAGCCAAGCAGGAAUCGUCUACUUCGCUGAUGACGACAACACGUACAGCCUGGAGCUAUUUGAGGAGAUGAGGUCGACCCGUAAAGUUUCUGUGUGGCCCGUGGCCUUUGUGGGAGGCCUGAGAUACGAGUCCCCCAAGGUCAAUGCAGCAGGCAAGGUGUAUGGAUGGAAGACUGUGUUUGACCCUCACCGGCCCUUCGCCAUCGAUAUGGCCGGCUUUGCCAUCAACCUGAGGCUCAUCCUCUUCAAACCGCAGGCGUACUUUAAGCUCCGGGGCGUGAAAGGAGGCUACCAGGAGAGCAGUCUGCUCCGGGAGCUCGUCACACUCAAUGACCUGGAGCCAAAAGCAGCCAACUGCACCAAGAUCCUCGUCUGGCACACAAGAACAGAGAAACCCGUCCUUGUGAACGAAGGGAAGAAAGGAUUCACAGACCCCAACAUCGAGAUCUGACCACGUCCUUUUCAAACGAUGGUGGUUGGCCUCUGAUCUGCGACGGGAGAAAAAAAUCAACUUCCCCUAAGAUGUGCAAUCAUGUCUUAAUCGUAAGAAAAAAACCCUAAAAGGGUUGAAAGUAGGAUUUAAUCCUCGCCAUUUUUUUUUCUAAUAUGGACCAAAACAGGACGCGAGUCUUUUAAAGCACAGACAGAGGCUGCAGAGCAAAGAGGGCGACGUAACGGGUCCCUCGUAGGGUUUCUGUGGACAGUCGUGACCUGCACCUCCCACUGAGCGAUGAACCGGAGACCCAGGAAGAGAGACAGCACACGUGAACAAACAUACAACCAGCAGAUCCAAACAGGUUCUUUCACCUCUAAUUUAAAGACAAAGGUCCAGAUCUGCGCAUGAAGAACUCCACUUGAAGACGUGGUCGUCAGCACUGGACACAAACGGGACAGAGGAGGCGUUCUUUUGACUACCAUGAAACGUUUGCUGUAAUUUAACUUGUUUUAUGAACACUUGUACUACUAGUUCACUGACUCGUACCUUCAUCUACUUACCAUUGUCCAUCAACGUCCAUUUUCACUCAAAGAGAACCUCCCCCAUGUGUCUGGAAAUUCAGCUGAAAUGUUGUAAAAACAUCAUUUUAGCUGUUUAAACUCACGGGGCUUCUUAAAUAACUUGGUAGAACCAGGACUGAAGGCGGAACGCGUCUGUUUCCACAGGUGUGACACAGGUCCAGUCCAGGUUAGACCCACAGAAUGAACGGAGUUUGUGACGAAAAUUACGACAACUUAAAGGGAGGGUUCAGAUCUUUUAGAGUAGAGGUCGUGUUGCAGGUAGCUCUUUGAACAACCAGCUAACAACUGGUCCCAGAAGAACCAAGGCCGAGGUGGAGUCCUGCUGUCUGGCUCAGAGCUGGCUGCUCCUCUGUUACCUGUACUCGAGGAGGAUCCUGUAUUAAUACAUGUGUAAUGCAAUAUUAGUAGUGACGUAAAGAUUUAUCAAACAGCAUUUGCAUGAGCUGCUAUAAAACGUUUUGAACUGGAUUCACUGCGGUCUUCGCUGCCUUCCUGAGAGGUGUUCGCUCAAUAAUCCAGUCAGAUUAAACUGUAAUCUCUACAGUGAGGUCGUUCAAAGAGCUAUCUACAACAGGUAAGAUAGUUAUGGUUCAGAACAAGCUGGUAUGAGCCUACAUUUAACGGUUUAUUCUGUUU